UCCACACACUCCCUUUGUUGUUGCCAAAAGACAAACGUAUUGCGCCCAUCUCGUGCAGGGUGACAGAAAACAAUACCCAUAAGAAGACAGUGAAGGGACAAUCUAAACAUAGCUUUGGCAGGGAAGGGGCACAGAGCAAAAGCACUGGGAGGGUCUCCUCUGCUAAUUGGAGCCAUUCUCGUCGGGAUGGGAGUGUGGAGGAGAGAAAUCCCAUAGUUGAACACGGCAAGAGAGUGGACGUGGCUGGCAUGCCACCUUGGCAUUGUACUGCCUGCUAACGAUCAUUGUACCAUCAGCCAGGCUGCUUCCUAUCAGUGUUAUUCAGGGGGUGUGAGACAGCAAACGGAUCAUCGUCAGGUACCCACAGCAGGAGGUAAAAUGAGUGACGGAAUGCUCGGAGACUUGGCUGGAAAGGGGCUGUCUGCUUUUGUCUGACAUUAUUGAUGCUCUUGGCCUGUCGGAUCCAGCUCUCCCCCAGCUUCUCACACCACCAGCAGCUGGAACACCCCACAUCUAACCAUGGAUGGAUUGCACCCUGCCUCCUGGAUGCUGCUGCUGGGAUCCCUGGCAUUCUGGUUCGCAUCCUCCUUACUCCUUUUCUCCUUAGCUCUGCCGGGUGCACGAGCAUCCAACCAGCUGCCCAGUGAGUGCCACAAUGGAAAAGGCAAAGCAGGGAUUAACUGCUUAGAACUGAGUAUGAGGGAAGCUGAGGUCCGACGAGUGUGCGAUGAGUCCACGUGUAAAUAUGGAGGAGUGUGCAAAGAAGGGGAUGUUUUGAAAUGCAUCUGCCAGUUUCAGUGCCAAACCAAUUAUGCUCCAGUCUGUGGGUCAAAUGGGGACACUUACCAGAAUGAAUGCUUCCUGAGGCGCUCUGCCUGUAAACAGCAAAAAGAUAUCACAGUAGUAGCUAGAGGACCAUGCUUUUCUGAUAUUGCAUCUGGAUCUGGUGAAGGAGAAUAUGAAGGAUCCGGGGGUGAGGUUCAUAAGAAACAUUCCAAAUGUGGAGCCUGCAAGUUUGGAGCAGAGUGUGAUGAAGAUGCAGAAGAUGUAGGGUGCGUCUGUAACAUUGACUGCAGUGGGCAUAAUUUUAACCCUGUUUGUGCCACUGAUGGCAGCUCCUACUCCAACCCUUGUCUGGUACGGGAAGCAUCAUGUCUCAGGCAAGAACAGAUUGAUGUAAAUCAUCUACGGAGCUGUAUAGAAACAGAUGAAACAAGCAUAACGGGUAAGAAGGAGGAAGGCUUACAAAACCGACCCGAGGUGAAAGAUUCCAAUGAUCAGGUAGAAGGAGAUUUCGAGGGAAAUUAUAUUCCAUGCUCUGAGAACUACCGGGGCUAUUGUGUUCAUGGAAAAUGUGAGCUGAGCUAUUCAACUCAGAAAGCAUCAUGUCGGUGUGAGUCUGGGUACACAGGCCAAUACUGUGAUAAAACAGACUUCAAUAUACUUUAUGUGGUUCCAAGUAGGCAAAAGCUCACACAUGUGCUCAUUGCAGCAAUCAUUGGAGCAGUGCAGAUCGCUAUUAUAGUUGCAAUUGUCAUGUGUUUCACAAGGAAGUGCCCCAAAAAUAAUAGAGGUCGACGGCAGAAGCAAAAUCUUGGCCAUUUUUCUUCAGAUGCUUCUUCCCGGAUGGUGUAGCUUAACUUUUUCCCAGUUCUAUUUAUUUGUUUAUAUACUUACAUUGAUCAUGCAAUGUACAUUUUCAAUUCUAUGUUUUUUAAAGAAUGGAAAUAUUUAUUUCAGAGGCCUUGUUUUUUUUUUUAAACAUUUUAUCAUUUAACCUUGUUGGUUGCCUGCUGUACCUACAAAGAAUCAGCAGGGACAGCAAUGGACUGGUAUAGAGUUUCAUUUUCUUUUCUUUUUUUUAUGUCUUUCUUGGGAGCAUAGUCCUAAAUUUUAAGUCACUUUCAUAUAGUUGUAAUACAAUUCUAUAUCCCAACUUUUAGAAUUCUUGGUACUUUCUCUAAAUUUUAUUUUUCAUAAUUAGGGCAAUUAACGAACUGAAACAUUUUUGAUGGUACAUAAACAUGGAAAAUAUUUUGUUCCAGUGCCAAUCUCAGCAAGUGUUAGAUUAGAAAAUUACAUUUUGUAGACCAGUAAACAGGCAAAGAUUAGUUUAGCAGUUUCUAUAAACCAUUUAGUAUACACUUUGAAAACAUGGGAUGGAGGGUGAAACAAUCACACAUUGGUGGAUAAAGUAUUAACUACAUAUCCACAGUUGGUUGUUCCUAUGGAACACAGAGUUAAAGCCCUCCCAUUGACACUAAACAAACACCUUAAGAUAAAUGGAAAACAAGAAAACCUUGCAAAGAUAGCAUGAGCUAAAGGUAACAAUGUUUACAGUCUUUUUUUCCUAACCAGACUUAGUAGAAGACACUGUAUUUAAAUAGAUAUUUCAAUGUUUUAUAAGAACUAGUUACCAUUUUUAUUUAUAUAACACUGGUUAUCGCAUGAUAUGUGAAUUGCAUGCUGUGAGUAGUGGUAAAAUGUUGAAUAUGUUAUAUGAUUUAAUCUUGAGAAUUGUGCCCUUUUGGCAUUUAAUCAAGUAAUGAUGAAUGAAGCAGAAGCAUUUUAUGGUGUUCAACUACGACCAUUUUGUAAUUUCCUUUUUUAUUGUGUGUCAUGAAGUGUUUUUUAAGCCCUUGCUA